AUGGGUUCAGCUUACGUUAUUUUCGGUAAAACCGUCCCAGCUCACUACAUUUCUAUUGCUACAUUAAGUGCUGCUCUUUUGGUUGCUUUACCAAACCCAUUUGCUGCUGCUCAAACUACCCCAAAGAUCAACGCUUCAUCUCCAGAAGAAGAAAAAUUCAUUAAUGAUUAUUUGAAGAAAGCUGAAGAAUCUGAAAAAAAAGAACAACAUUAG